AUGGUCUCUCGCUUAAUGAUGCAACGUUUUCGACUCUUCUCGUCGAUACCAGCAGGGAAUCUAUUUUCAGAAGCAGAGGCAUCUGUACUAGAAGUUAGUGGUAGAAAACCUUCUGCUAGUUGGCAACAAAUCAGCAAGAAAGGACAGAAAUUCAAAGACGAAAACGAGCAGGCAGUUGUGAAGUUGAGAUGGGCAAAUUAUGCAGAGAGAGAUGUGGACAUUCUGCUAUCGCCGAUUGAAACUUUGUAUACUGUUGAAGUCAAAGCAGUUCUCUACGGAAUAAUCAAUGCAAUUGCUUGGAAUGAAUCGAAAGUAAGGAUGAAGAGUUCGAAUGAAGUGGUGGUGAAAGUGGCAAACAAACGGUACAGUGCAAGUAAAGUUGUUUCAAACACUUUAUUCACUGAAGAUGAUCUAUUUACGACGGUUAUUGCUUCCUCAAACUCCACCAACAUCUACCAGGAACACUUUUCAAGUGACCAUUUUGUCGUCGGUCCACAGAAACGAAAGUUUGUCCGUGUAGAAACAACGGGUUAUUCGUUUGUCGAUCCAAAUGGGAAGCGAGUGGCCAAAUAUGGAAUCUACUGGGGUAAAGACGAUCCACGAAACGGUAUCAGAACACUUCCCGAUGGUUCAACAAACGUGGCGGCUAUGUUAGCAGCUAUUCUUGAAGCAGUUAACAUCGCAAAAGAAGAAGAACCACCUCCGUCGCUGUUGAUCUACUCGGAUUUUACGUCUUCCGACACAUUACUCCGCGAUAUCUCCGGUUACGCGAAACGUGAUUUCUACACUCGAAACCACGAUAGAAAGCUGAAAAAUGCUGAAAUUCUUCAGGAAAUUUUUGUGGCUGUUCAAGGACUGCAUUUGAAAAUCAAGCAUAAACCUUCGAAAACUCAGGAAGAUCCGAUCAAUCGGGUAACUACUGCUAUUUUGGAAUCUGCGAGCAAGAAGAUAAAUAAGGAAGAAAUUCGGCCGAAAUUAACUGAGCAGGAGAAAAAAGCAGACAAAGGCAAGUACUGUAGGAUGGACAAUCCAAUGGAUUCCAUUUCUAAACUUGAAAUCGAGGUAGGCACUUCUUUGGACAAGACCGGUAAUGUUGUGUCAAAAAGAAACGAGGAAUGGCCAAUUGUUUACGUUGCUGUGAGAUGUAAAGAGAAUAAAGGAUUCAUCUCUGCCGGCUACUGCACUCAUUGGCCAGAUGGAUAUAUUGCCGGAGGAAAAUCGUUUCGAUACACUCCUUUCCCAGUGACACCGUUUCGAGCGGAAUUAGCUGCUAUCGAAGAAGCAUUGAAACAGACAAUCGACGCUGAUCUAGAAAACGUAACCAUCGUAACAUCGUCUGCACAUUUCAUGGCGGGCUGGCAAAGGAGAUGGAUACGAACUACCGAAGUGCAUGUUCCGUUUACCGGGAAGGUUUUCUACGAUAGGAUUUGCGAUCUCUGUGAAAGAUUGAAGCAGGUCAACUUCAGAUAUGAAGAGGAAAAUUCUGAAACUGAUCUGGGAAAAGAGUUGGAGAAGAAGUGUAUUCAAGGGUUGUCCUAUGCUCUUGUUGGAAAGGAUAAAUCGGAAUAUGAACUAGAAUUGGAUGAUCUAGUAAGAGAAAAGGAGUACCGACAGGAAGGAAUUCCUGUCGUCCGUCUAUACAAAACUGGAACUGAUCUGAAUGCUGGAUAUGUAUUCGAUGGAGAAGAAGGCGUCAGUUGCUGUGGGAGUCCAUCAGCCUUGAAUCGUAUUCUAGAAGAAGCCAUUGCCCGGAAUUACGAUGCGAUAAUCAUUCGAGCGGAUUCUGAGAAGCUCAUCAAAAGUUUCGAAGCACAUUUAGAGGUUUGGCGACGAAACGGCUGGCGAAACUCUCAACACAAACGAAUUGCAAAAUCCGCCGAUUGGGAGAAAGCGUGGAAGUUGAAACAGAAAAUUCGUUUGACCUGGGAGAGUAUGGAUAUAGUAGAUCGAGACGACCGAAUGCAAAACAAGAAAAUUCCCGUUUAUGUGAAAACAUGA